GAUUCCAUUUUGUUCACUCAUAAUCCCACCUGGGAUGAUUGUCAGCAGCUGUUGCAGGUGCUCUUCACCACGGAAGAACGGGAGCGAAUCCUGGCAGAGGCGCGGAAACGGGUCCCGGGGGUCGACGGGAGGCCAACCGCCCAGCCUCAUCUCGUGGACGAGGGGUUUCCUCUGUUGCGGCCUAACUGGGAUUUUGAGCGGAUGGAAGGUAGGGAGCAUCUCCGAGUGUACCACCAGACUCUAAUGGCUGGCCUGCGGGCUGCAGCAAGAAAGCCGACAAAUCUGGCAAAGGUAAAUCUAGUAAGGCAAGAGCCCACUGAGAGCCCGGCAGCCUUCCUAGAGAGGCUGAUGGAAGCUUUCAGGCAAUAUACACCUAUGGACCCCCAGGCUGAGGAGUCACGCGCUGCAGUUCUGUUAGCGUUUGUAAAUCAGGCAGCCCCAGAUAUUAGGAAGAAAUUACAAAAGGUAGAGGGAUUGGGAGAACAGACAAUACAGGAUUUACUGAAAGUAGCUGAAAAGGUAUUUAAUAAUAGGGAGACCCCAGAAGAAAGGGAAGAGCGAAUUCGACGGGAGGAAAGGGAAUUAGCUGAGAAGAUCAGGAAAGAAGAUAGGGAACAUAGGGCGAGGGAAAACCGGAAGAACCAGAGGGAGCUAGCCCAGAUUCUUUUUGCGGGGAUAAAGGCUGGAACAGAAUUGAGGGAACCUCGAGACCCCCGGACGGGAGAAAAAGAAAAACCAAAAAGGCAGGCCCUAAAGAAGGAUCAGUGAGCCUACUGCAAAGAACAGGGGCACUAGAAAAACGAGUGCCCUAAGAGAGACUCAAGGAGAGGAAUGACCCAGAGAGAGAAAACCACCCUUGGAACUCGAGUUCUAUAUGCGGGGGAAGACAGUGACUAGGGGAGUCGAGACUCGGCACCCCUCCCCGAGUCCUGGGUAACCAUACAUGUGGAGGGGAAACCCGUUGGCUUCAUGGUAGAUACUGGCGCCCAACACUCUGUUUUAAAUAAAAAACUGGGACCAAUGUCUAAGAAAACCAGCUUAGUGCAAGGAGCCACGGAGACAAAAAGAUAUUGUUGGACCACAGAAUGGAAAGUAAAUCUGGGGACCCACCAGGUGUCCCAUUCAUUUUUGGUGAUACCAGAAUGCCCAGCCCCUCUACUUGGAAGAGACUUGUUGACGAAAGUUAAUGCUCAGAUCCAUUUUGACCCUGGGGGAAUGUCAGUCACGGAUGGACUUGGACAACCGAUACAUGUCUUGUCCCUAGCCUUAAGAGAUGAAUACAAACUUUUUGCGCCUAAGCCCUCAGAGACCAUAGCACUAGAUGUACAACCGUGGGUCCAUAAAUACCCAUUGGCCUGGGCAGAAACAGCAGGAAUGGGACUAGCCAAACAGAGACAUCCAGUCGUCAUCGAGCUAAAGGCAGAGGCAGUUCCUGUGAGGGUGAGACAGUGCCCUAUGAGCCAAGAAGCUCGGCGGGGGAUCACUCCCCACAUUCGACGGCUCAUGGAGGCCGGAAUCCUCAGGCGAUGCCAAUCCCCUUGGAACACCCCUUUACUGCCGGUGAAGAAGCCAGGGGGGACAGAUUACAGACCUGUCCAAGACCUGCGAGAAGUCAACAAACGGGUGAGUGACAUACACCCCAAUGUCCCUAACCCGUAUACCCUCCUGAGCAGUUUACUGCCUGAGUACACUUGGUACACUGUGUUGGACUUGAAAGAUGCCUUUUUCAGCCUACCCCUGGUGGCCCAGAGCCAGGAGAUAUUUGCCUUUGAGCGGACUGAGGGGGAGGGCCAACCGGUAGUACAAUUAACUUGGACCCGCCUCCCACAGGGGUUCAAGAACUCCCCUACCUUGUUUAAUGAGGCUCUGAGUGAGGACCUCUACGAAUAUCGGGCUUGCCACCCAGAGGUCAUUCUGCUACAAUAUGUAGAUGACCUUAUGUUGGCUGGAACCACAGAGGAAGCAUGCAGCCGUGCCACCGGGGACCUAUUACAGACCCUAGGCAUCUUGGGGUAUCGCGCUAGCGCAAAGAAGGCACAAAUAGCCCGGCAAGAGGUCACCUAUUUGGGGUAUAAGAUCAGACAGGGGCAAAGUUGGCUAACCCAGGCCAUGAAAGAAACAAUAUUGCAGAUACUAGAGCCCAAAAACCCCCGCCAGGUGAGAGAGUUUCUGGGGACUGUUGGAUAUUGCAGACUGUGGAUUAUGGGGUUUGCUGAGAAGGCCCGGCCCUUAUAUGAGGGAAGUAAAGAGACCCCAAACUGGACUUGGACUGAGCCAAUGAAACAGGCUUUCCAGACACUCAGACGGGCCCUACUAGAAGCCCCAGCCCUUGCCCUGCCUAACCCAAAUAAGCCAUUCCAGCUGUUUGUAGAUGAAAAGCAAGGAAUAGGAAAGGGGGUCUUGACUCAACAAUGGGGACCAUGGAAGCGGCCGGUAGCAUACCUUUCGAAGCGAUUAGACCCGGUGGCCGCUGGGUGGCCCCCUUGCCUUCGCAUCAUUGCAGCUACAGCCCUCCUCGUCCGCGAUGCUGACAAGUUGACGUAUGGACAGCAACUCUCGGUUUACACCCCCCACGCCGUGGAAGGGGUUUUAAAGCAGCCACCGGGUAAGUGGAUCUCCAAUGCCCGCUUGACACACUACCAGGCCUUGCUGCUCGGUGCCCCACGGGUGCGUUUUCAGAUCCCUUGCUUCCUAAAUCUGGCCACACUCCUACCCAACCCAGAGAAGGACCGCCCUCUCCAUGAUUGCAGUGAGAUACUGGCUGAGGCCCUGGCGUCAUGAAAAGACUUAACUGAUGUACCCCUAAGCAACAGUGAGCUAGUGUGGUUCACCGAUGGGAGCAGCUAUGUAAAAGAUGGGCAAAGGAAGGCGGGAGCCGCCAUAGUUGAUGAUUCAGGGCAGACGAUAUGGGCUGAGACACUUCCCCCAAACACUUCUGCACAAAAAGCAGAAUUGAUUGCCCUAAUACAGGCUCUAGAGCAAGCCAAAGGGAAGAGAGUCACCAUUUUUACUGACAGCCAAUAUGCUUUCAGCACUGCCCAUAUUCAAGGUCCCACAUACCAAGAAAGGGGAUUUCGGACAGCUGAGGGAAAAGAGGUCAAAAAUCUGCCCGAGAUUCGCAGGCUCCUGGAAGCUGUCCAACUACCCCGGGCAGUAGCUAUAGUACAUGUCCCCAGUCACCAGAAAGAAGACCCUAAGGCACGGGGCAAUCGUGCUGCUGAUGCGGCCGCUCGAGAAGCGGCUAGCCGGGACUAUGCUGCCCCCAUAUUAGCCGUCAACGGGAUUGGACCCUGGGUUCACUGCAAUCACGUGCGGCAAGCCACACCGGAAGAACAGGAGAAAGCGCGAGCAGAAUGGAAGUCUCCCACUUUGAAAGGAGAUCCAGACCUUGCUUGUCCAGGGCAGUCUCUUCACCUGCUCCCUAGCCUUUCUGAGGACAUGGCCUCCCCUGCCCCUGGCAUACAGUACCUGGUCUACAUUAAACACUGGACAGACACUUGUGAUGACAGAAGAGACUGA